AUGGAUGUUGGUCUAAAAUUCUUCGAUUUCAUACUCGUACUUUAUGUAGCUCAAGCUAGAGAAACCGUAAGAGAUGUCAAAUCCUUCAAGUUGAGUGAGAAUGUCAUAUACGAUUGUGUGGAUAUAUAUAAACAACCUUCGUUAAGUCAUCCACUACUCCAAAACCAUACAAUUCAGUUUGAGUAUAUCUGA